CAUGCGACUCCGAUCGUCUUCAAUCUUCAUUAUUAUUUCUGUUUCACUCAAUAUGAUUCUCACUUUUUCUUCUGCGUUAUCCAAUCUUCGCCUUCUUCUUCUUCUUCUUCUUCCUUAAUCCUUCCGCCGGAACUAAUCCCCCAACUGAACCGAACUCUUCCACUCAUUCACUCCUCCUUUCCUUUGCUUUCAAUUACCCAUUUGAGGGGGGUGCAAAUGGGCAUUUCUUCGCGUUUGAACAAGCUUUUGGAACAGAGCAGUGAGUUUAAAAGCUUGUUUUUGGUGUUCGGGUGUUUCCCUCGGGUUUUUAUCAUUUUGGGGCUUUUUCUUCUGUUGUUUUGGGUCAGUUUGAAGGUUGUGCAAUUUAGUUGGCAUGGUAGGGAUUUUAUGCAAUUGCUAUGUGAUUUUAAAGAGAAAUCUGAUAAUAGAAGAGCCGGAAUUUGGUUGAAAACCAGUGUUGUUGAGGUGUGCAAUUCGUGUCGAAGUAGACGAUUGGAUUUGAUGAAGAAGAAUGGAUUCCUUUUCAGUAUGUUCAAUUUAGUUGGAAACUCCAAAUGGGCUGUGGAUUUGGAUGGUGACGUUAGAAGUGAGGAUAAGGGUGAAGUUUUUGAAGAAGAUGUUCAGAAUGAAGAGAAAGAGAAUGAUUCUGAAGAUGACGAAUUCGAUGUUAUCAAACUGAGAGAAUUGGUGAAGAUUGAAAGGAAGCAGAAGAAGGAGGCUCUUGAAGAGCUUGAGAAGGAGAGAAUGGCAGCUGCAACAGCAGCUGAAGAGGCAAUGGCUAUGAUAUUUCGUCUUCAACAUGAGAAGAGUGCGAUCGAAAUUCGAGCCAAUCAGUUUCAUCGAAUGAUGGAGCAAAAGCAACAAUACUGUCAAGAAGUUAUUGAAUGUUUGGAAAGGAUUAUCAUGGAAUAUGAGUCAGAGGGAAGCUUAAGCAAGCAACCGUGCUUCUGCAGGCCGAGACCAAAGCUACAACCGACAGGAGUCGGCGAUGGUACAAGCCUCUUCCAAUGUGACAUGGAAUUCAUUCUGGAAGAUGAUGAUGCACUGAUGAACAACAUUGGCAUGGACCUCAAGGAAAUGUAAGUCCAUGAACACAACUUUUGUUUGAUACUAACAUAGAUUUCUAUACUUUUAUGCUAUCUAGUUGCAGAACUUGGCUUCAAAUUUGUAUUGGAGAUGAGAAGCGAUGACUUGUCUCCAUCUUUCUUGAGCUUCCUUUCCUACUCUGUAAAUGGCAUUUUGUAAAUAGGUUUGGUCAGAUGGGAGAUCGAGAAUUCAAUUUCUUCGAUCGAUUACAUUAGUGGAAUAAGAAAUAAGGUAAAUGUAUAUCCAUUCAAUUCGAAAUGCAUUUGUCUUGAAUGUAGGACUUUGCAUCUUAGCAAAAGUGAUAUAUAGUAUACUCAUUCCCAA